GGGUAAGGGGGAGCCGGGAGGGGACGGGACCCUCUGUUCUGGGACCCUUCGGAGCUCUGGGAAGUGGGAGCGGGGCGGGCUGGGCUCAGCCCCCCCGGGAACGGGACCGGGAACGGGACCGGGAACAAGAACGGGAUCGAAGGGGAGUCGGAGCCGAGUCCGGCUCGGGCUGAGCUGGAAUCCCUUCCAGAGCUCGGGAAAACACCUGCAAAUCGGGGGAAACACCCCUCAGAGCGGGAGCAAACAGUCCCAGAACGGGGACGCGCGUGAGGGAGCGGGAGCGGCCGCGUUUGGGGGCGGCGGGGCCUUGGGGUCAGCCCCUGGGGACACUUGGGCUUGGGGCACCUCGUCAGCCCUGACGGGCACCGGGCUGGCCGUGCUGAGAGUGGGGGCAAGAGUGGCUGUGGUUUCGGGACCCAUCAGCUGGCACUCUGAGGGAGGAUCAGCAGCAGGGAGGGCACCGGGGAAUGUCCCCCCGCCGAACUCAGGCCCACGGGUGGCAGGAGCGGCACACGGGUCCCGAGCCCGUGGUGGCGAUGCCCGUUCCCGGGAAGGUGCAGGAGCGGUGUGCGAGCCGGGCUGUCGGGAAAGCAAACAAAGCCGAGGAGAAGGACAUUCCCUCAGGCCAGGUGGGGGCCGGGCGGUCCGUGAGCCCAGCGCCGGUCACCGGGGCUUGUUCCUUCCUAUGGUGCCAUUGCCGCCCAUGAAGGAGCGGCCUGGAGCUUUGAGGGGCUCGGCAAACCCGCAAGUGUCUCCCGAGCGUGUCGCAGAAUGGCUGUCUGCUGAGGUUGGUGUUGGGUUUUUGGAUUUUUGGUGGGGACGAGCGUCGCUGAGCACAGCAUAGCUGGGGUUGUUGGGAAGUGUGGAUGUGUGAGCAGAAUCCAGCAGCUCCAUGAGCUUGUCCUGUGUGAGAUGGGUUACCCUUGGCUCUGUGUGGUGGAUGGAGCCUGGUGAGGUGAAGCUGCACCUGGAGGUGUGGUCCUGGCUUUCCAGCUCCUUACAGCCUCUCUGGAGCAGACCUAGGCCACUGCCAGAUGGGAUGCUGCCACAACACAUGCCUCUACAACAAAUCCAAGCAUCCUGCAGCUGUCCACAGCCCUGGAUGUCCUGGCAUGAGAGGCAGAAAGGGAAACCUCCCAGGUGUCAGCAAAGAACAUGUGGGUGUGGGGCUGGUGAGCCCAGCCCUGGGCUCGGGUGACUCGGAAGUAUGUGAAACACCUUUGAUUUUAGCUGUGUAAUUAUACAGCUUGGAAAACCCUUGGGAAGGGAAGUGGCUGGGGAAGGAGGAAUGUUUGGCCACCGGUGCCCUGGAGAGAGCUGAGUGCCAGUGCCUGGCGCCGUGGCGGUGCUGUAGGAGAUGCCAGAGGGCCAGGGCUGGGCAGGGCUGUCUGCCUGCCCUCCUGCCUGGAGCCUGGGAGGAUGGAUCCCUCCAACAGCCCAGGUAUGUGUCUGCCUCCCCGUGCUGCUCCAGCUUUUCUCAUUCCCAGUGUAUUUCACAGGCAGAAACUGAUGUCAGGGCUCUGUAGAAGCAGCUAAAUAUCCUGUGUGAGCGGUGCAGGUGGCUUGGAGCAAUGUAAUCCCCAGCAAACCUCCAUCCAUAUCAAAAUACCUGUGCCCCCCUUGCGGAACACGGCUGCUCUGAGCCUGGCUGCUCCGUGUCGCUUGGCUGCCCAGCCUGCUCUGUGUCCCCAGGCUGGCUCUGUGCCCUCCAGCAUCACUGCUCACUGCCUUCCUGCUCUGGGGGCUCCUUGGCUGUCCACAAUGGGUUUUCUUUGGUUGGAAAAGCAUGGGAAGAGGUGAUGCUGUGUUGGGGAAAAACAUGUUGCUGGAAGUGCAGGCAGAGGAUGAGGAAGGUGGUGCUGGCGAGGCCGAUGGCAGCCAGUGAGAAGUGGCAGGUUAGUGGCUUGCAGGAAGGGGAGAUAACUAUCCAGGUACUUAAAGCACUCCAGAGGGGCUGGGAGGAAGCAGGAAAGCUGAGUUCUGCUUCAGAGGACAUCAGAAGGGCAGAUGGAUAAUGUCUCCCUGUACUGGAGGAGGGUGUGUUUGUCUGGGUGUUAUCUGGGGAGAGGUCCCAGAACAAAAACCAGGGGGAGGCUGGGGAGGAAUGGCUUUAUCUCAGCUGAAACAGCAGAUUAGAAUUAAAAAAAAAAAAAAUCCAAACACAGAGGUGCAAAGGGGUGUCCAAAGGAAAACCGGAAGGAGAAAGAGUCAGAGUGCUGGGAUUUUCCCAAGCAGGCAUGCUUUCCCAGGCCUAGGUGCACAAGGAAUUCAGCUCCCUGGAGAGAGGUGAGCACCCACGUUGCCUGGAAAAUACAAUAGAUCUUCCACAGUUAGAGUGGAUGCAAAAGCAAACCUUUACUUGAAAGCUUUCAGGUAUACAAUAUGGCAAAAAUCACACAUGGUAUAGUAAUUCUACAACUUUUAUAAGGUUAGUCGAUUAGUAUACUUAUACUCUCCAAUUAAAAGGUUGGUUGAUUAGGCCAUAAUUCCAGGGUCCUGUCACACUGGAAGCAGUCCAGAGGUUUUUUUUUUUGCUCCACUUCUCUUUUGUAUGGUCCAGAUUCUGUUUGGAAAACAGGACAUCCUUGUAGUCAAUUCUCUUUUUGAAAUCAGACUAAACAGUAUUUUGGGAAAUUGUUUCUGAGGUUAGUUUAUUGUUCCUAAAUGUAGAGAAGAAAGAUAGGAAAAGUACUGGGAGUUACAGCCAUGCAUUAACAAUCUACAAAGCUACAAAUCCACCUGGCUGGCCGGGUGGAAAUAUAUGCAAAAUAUAUGCAAAUUAUUAAAUAUAUUUUUAUAUUAAAUAUAUGAAAAAUAUUAAAAGCUAAAAACCUUAGGCAUCACCCCAAGCCCCCCUCCCUGGUUUAACAGAGCUGGGCCUGGAAGCAUUAGUGUGGCAGUUGGUGCCAGUGCCAGUCCCAGAGGCAGGAGCAGGAAAAGCCCCAGGACAGUGUUUACACAGCAACCAGGACACAGCCGGGGCUCGCUGACCUGCCGAGAGCCGUGCCAGCGUGGCCUCGGUGGCCACGGCAGCAUUGUCCCCAGGAACAAAUGGCAAUGUCCUGAAACACAAACGCAAAAGGACUCUCUGUCCCUGUCCAUUGCCACUGCAGCAGGCACUGCUUGGAUGGGUAUAAUGGAAUUAUGGGGAGAAGGAGUCUGGGAGGCAGUUUCUUGUAUCUCAGUGGCAAAGGCCAAGGUGGUGGCUGCUGCACAGUCAUGAUUACAGCUCUGGAGUUUGGCUACCGUGCCCUGAGUGAUCCGUGCCACUUCAGAAGCCCUUGGCAACUGUGCCCACAAUUCCCAGGGACGCAGCAGAGGCAGGUGCUUAUGGCUUGGGAAUGGUCAGGCAUGGCUUUGUGGAAAUGGGGUGUUUUGUGGGCCCUGUCACUGUUGUUCUGCUGUGGAGGCUACAGCCAGCUGGGUGGAUUGCAGCAGUCUGAGCCUGGGAAUGGGCUUUGCCCUUGUUUUGCAGGAAGUGGCAGAGCUGGGGGCCCUGGGCUCCCUCUGGAGUGGGAGAGCCUUGGGCAAGGUUUGAGGAAAAUAUCACUGUUCCCCCAGUGCUGCCUACAAGGUACAACUGAGGAGGGGUUGUUAAAAAUUAAAUUGAAGAAAGAGGGUAAAAUAACUCUUAAAUGUCUGUGGGGAAUGCUGUGGGCAAUGGAGAUGUGGAUGUUUUCUUUUGUGCUCUAGGCAGAAGUGUAAGCAAAAUGUGGAAAAGCCCUGAUAGUCUGCAUGGGGCUGUCUCUCCAGAUUCCUGUUCCCUGGUGAGAUGCUCUGAAAUGGGUUGGGCUUCAUCCAAAAGAUCAGAAAUUGGCUAAAUCAGCAGCAGUGCUUCUUUUCGUGACUCAGCUGGAUUUCUCUGGCUAUUCCCUGCAUCCCCUGGCUGCAGCUGGCCAGAAACAUCCCUGUUCCUGGGGCAGGGGUAACAGGGGCAGCAAGAAGGGACAAAAAGAGAGAAACCAUGGCAGAGAGCUGGAAGUAGAUGGGCUUUAAGAUCUCUUCCAAACCCAAACAUUCUGGGACUCUGAAAAUACCUCCCGAGUCCUGACCUGUUGCUCUUUAAACCCCCACAUGGAGUUUUGUGUUCCUGGUGGGUUGAACCCCUGUGUAAUGCACGGGGCUGUGGCCAUUGCAGGAACAAGCUCCUGAGGAUGUGCCUGGCCAGGAUGUGCCUUCCCAAUUAGCAGGGAAGGAGGUUAAUGAGGAGGUUCUCUGGGUGGAAGCAUGAAGAUGAAGGGAGAGCCUUGUAAUCUAACAGAGAGGAGACUGGAAUCUUCGGAUGGUUGGGUUUAUUUUCCCCUAGAAUUUUCCAGAUUAGUUGUGUGACUGGUGAUGGAGUCACACCCUGUUUUUUGGAGGCAGCUCUGAGGGGCUGUGUCACUCUGGGGAGUGAGGAAGCCCUGGAGCUCAUCCCAUGUCUGGUGACUGCAUGGGGGUUCGACCUGUUCCCUGGACUGCAGACUCACCUCCUGUGAUCCUGUGACAAAGGUGUUACUGCUGGAGCGUGAGUGGGAAGGUGAUGUCAUGGCAGGGAAAAAUCCAAAGGUUGUGGAGGGCAGAGGAGCGUGGGUGCUGUGAGGGCAGCAGGGGGUGUCGGGCUUCCUCAUGAGUCACCCAGCAGGGCCACAGCUCCUCCCGGGGCACCGGGAUGAGGAACACGAUCCGGGCUGACCCUGUCGGGGGGUCUGUGUCCCACGGAGGGAGCUGUUCCUGCUGCUGCUCCUCCUGGCCGCUCGUGUGGUGCUGAGAACGGGCUUAUCCCGAACCUUCCCGUGCCCGAUUAACACUUGGAGAUGUCGCAAGAGCAUCCUGGAAGGGCUCCGGAGCUGCAGGAGUAGGGCAGAGGUGCGGGAAGCCCGGAGGAGGUGUGGGUGCCCCCAGGCUUUGCAGCCCUGCUGGAGGAGUUUAAUGGUUUGGAGAUCCUGGUGUAAAUCAUUGCCAGGGCAGGGCAGGGGCAGGCAGGGAAUGGGAUGGAGAGGGUCUGGUUUGCAGGCAGAGGAGAAGGGGGCCCUAGGGCCUGGAAAACUCAGGCACUGCUCACCCACCUGAUAUGGGGACAAACUUUUUACAGGGCCUCUUGUGAAAGGACAAGGGGAGAUGAUUCUAAAGUCAGAAGGAUACUUUGAACCGGGUAUUUAGGAAGAAAUUCUUCCCUGUGAGGGUGGUGUGGCCCUGGCACAGGUUGCCCAGAGAAGCUGUGGCUGCCCCAUCCCUAGGAGUAUUCAAGGCCAGGUUGGAUUGAGCUUGGAGCAACCUGGGAUAGUGGAAGCUGUCCCUGCCUAUGGCAAGGGGUGGGAUGAGAUGAGCUGUAAGGUCCCUCCAACCCAAACCAUUCUGUGAUGCUGGGAUGAGCUUCCAGACAGUGCUGGAGCUGAGGCAGAGACAGCAGCAGCUCCCUUCCCGGGAUACUGACGUCAGGGCACUGUUGGAGCAGCGAUAGGAACAGCUCUGGGAAGCCAGGAGAGCAGCUAAUUCAAUGGAGAAAGAGACUGGAAUAGCAAGUCUCCUGCUUUAAUCUGAUUGCUGGGCUGAUGGGUAGCACUGCAAUGGAUCUGUAAAAAACUUCCAAGCACAGGGGUGACGUAGGAGCUGAAAUCCUGCCCACUUCCAGGAUUGAGGUGCCUGAGGGGAGGCACAGAGGCUGUGAGCGGGCACAGAGGUUUAGACACCAGGGGUAGAUGUGAUCAGCCAUGUGUGUGUUCUGUGCCCACCGUGGGUGCAGUGCAGUUUUCCUGCCCCAAGGCCAUCACAGCUGUUCUCAAGUGAAGUCUUGGCUGGCUGAUGUGUUUGUGGCAAGGAUGGGAGCUCAACUGGAUCAUCAGGUGAGGGAAAAACUCCACAGGGCACAAGCAGAGAGCAAAACCUUUGCGUGGGAGGGCAGAGGGCAGUGCUGGUACCACCAGUGGCAGGCUUGGAAGCGCUUGGGUGGGAGGAUGGCUCUUGGGAUGCAGGUGAGAACAUUUUGAGUGCAGUGCUCUCCACAACCUCAACAGCUGCUCACUAGGAUGGAAUUAAAGCUGGGCUCAGUGGAUACCUUCCCCCAGGAGCACACAGAGCAGCAGCCUGGGCUGGAGCUGGCAAGGCAGGGAAUGACGGGCUUGUCCCUGCCUGCCUUUGGCAGCUCUCACUGAGCUGGGAUCGGCAGAUCCUGGGUGUCCCUGAACCCCAGAAAACCAUGGGGAACAAGACUUUACCCUGCCCAGAGCCAUGUGGGGCCAGGGAUGUGUGCAGAGGGGCUGGGACACCCCUCUGGGAGUCUCCACAGCUGUGCUGGAGCACAGGCAGUGGGCAGGGAAGUUCCUCUGCAGAUUCCUCCUCUCCAGGCUUGCGUGUAUGUCUUUUCCUGCUGCAGCCACUCUGUUUUCUGGGAGUGCUGUUUUAUUCUGGCCCUUGACCCUGCAAACUGGGCGUGCACUCAAGCUAAACAAGCAAACAUGAAACUUUUGUGCUCAGGAGGGUUGAGCUGAAGGGUGUGUGGAGGGGGUGUAUGGAUAUAGCACCACUGACAGCACAGACCACAGCCACCUCGAGCCUAACCUGGCAUAAAGAAGCCAGGGAGGGAAGGAGAGAUCCCUGACAUGGCACAUCCAUAAACCUGCACAGCUCACUGGGCUGGAGAUGGGGCAGUUCUGCUGUGAGGAUGCAAGCUGCCCACCCAUGGGUCACUGGACCCGAGGCCAGGGAGGCGAGUGGGCAGGAAAUGUGGCUCUGUGUGUUUAUUUUUGCAAAUCAAGCACAUUUGGUCCUGGUGACUUGGAAAACAGUCAAAGGAGGAGUUCCCAUCCAUGGCCUGGCUGGUCGGGAGUGUUUGUGCUGGACAUCCCUGAGGGAUGCAGCUGGGAAACUCAGCACCAGUGUGUGCUGCUCCAGGGAGGGUGAGAGCUGGCCUGGAGUGAGCCAGGGGCCCUACCAAAGACUCACCAUCCCAGCAGCCCUUGCCAGCAGCAGCCAGGGGAAACCACAGGUUUGAGCUGGCUGGGAGGGAGGCAGUUUUGGUUUCUGUUCUCUGGGCAGGAAGGCGUUCCAGGGCCGGCAGCCCGGGCUGUGAGGAGCCCUGCUCCCUCCCAAACAGGGGGAGAGGAGAAGCUGUUCAGCUAGAGGUGUGUUUCUGAGCACUUCCAGAGCUCUCUGCCUGCCCGGCCCGGGGGCCGCACGCAUGCCAGCAGGGCUGCAGCCCCCGUGCUCCGAGCCAUGCGGUGACGUGGGCGCAGCCCCCAGCAGCCAUGGCCCAGUCCCGGGCCAACGGGUCCCACUACGCCCUGACGGCCAUCGGGCUGGGCAUGCUGGUGCUGGGCAUCAUCAUGGCCGUGUGGAACCUCGUGCCAGGCUUCGGCCCCCCCGACAAGCCCGGCAGCCAGGCCGGCAACAGCAGCAAGCCCGACCGCGGCUCUGGUGGCAUCCUCAAGAGCAAAACCUUCUCGGUGGCCUAUGUGCUGGUGGGGGCAGGUCUGCUGCUGCUCCUGCUCUCCCUCUGCCUCAACGUCCGCGACAAGAAGAGGCAGAGCGAGGAGCUCACCAUCGCUCACGUGCAGCGCCAGGUGUCGGCGGAGCCCUCGCAGCAGGAGGACAGCCAAGAAGAGGAUGAAGACGUCUCUUCCCAAUAUUACGUGCCCAGCUACGAGGAGGUGAUGAACACGGGCUACUCGGAGCCCAGAGACUCGGACAGGAGCAACAGGCUCAGCGUGUCCCUGCCCUCCUACGAGUCCCUGGCAGGGCUGGAGGAGAGCGGCGCGGCCCCGGGGGCGGCGGGCGCAGAGCCCGGCCCGGAGAGGCCGCCCAGCCGGCACAGCUCCCGCCUCAGCAAGCGCCUCAAACCCCUCAAGGUGCGCAGGAUCAAGUCAGAGAAGCUGCACCUGAAGGACAUCAGGCUAAACCUGGCACAGGGCAACAGCAGCGUCCCUAUCACCAUAGAGCCCCUCACCCCUCCGCCCAAGUACGAGGAGAUCCAGGAGAAAAUGCCAGUGGGCCAGCAAAUGCCUUAAAAGAAAAAAAUGAGGAAUCUGUGAUGCUGCUUGGUUGAGGGUUUUUUAAAACCCACCAUGCCAAGAGGGGGUUGGUGUGUGGGUGCACAAGCAGCCAGGGCUCCCUGGAAGCUGCCACGUGGAGGACGUGCUGUGGCACAAGGAUGGGACUCAUUUUCCCUGGGACUGGGUUUUACAAAAGACUGUGGGGAAAGAAACCUGAACACCACAAGUUCUGCUGCUGUGAAGUAAAUGAAGGCUGGACAUGCCAAAAGUGUCACUUGUGGUGUUUGAAAUGAGACCACCCAGUGCAUCCUCUCAUCUCCUCUCCCCCUCUCUUCCAGCAAGACUUUUCCAAGCCACCAAACUGAUGUUGCAGAAGGAUUUUCCAAGUGGAAAAGUGAAAUGUUUCUUUUUUUUGGGUGUCUUUUCUUUCUGAGGAAGGGGAAGCGCAUUGCCAGAGAAGCAUGAAGGCUUUCCCUGGCUCCCAGCUGGGCUGGGCUGGUGGCCCAGAGCCAGCCCUGACUCCUGCCAAGGUCUCUGCUGGCUGGUGGGAAGCAGCUGAAAGGGGCCUCCUGCUCCUCAGGGAGAGGAUGGAUUUCUUGCCUCUGCUGCUUUCCCUGCUGUGUUUUGUGCUCCGUUUGAGGCAAAUGGGUGACUCUGGGGGUUGGGAGCUGCGUGUGUCAGAGCCAGGGCUGAACCCACUGCUGAGCAUCCUGUGCCGGCAGGCUGGUCCGAAUAAAUGUUUUGUAUGUUGUG